GCAACGUGGGACCAGAUAACUACUAUAAAAGCUGUUCCGACCAAUACAGGAACCACAGUCUGCAGUCAUUUGUGCACCAAGAAGCUCUUGUUAUAAUAAUAAUAUUAAAUUACCAAUCACAACCAUGGCAUCUUAUAAAUCAAUUUUGUUUGUAUCUAUUGUGGUCUUUGUGGUCAUCCAGCAAGCGUUAAGCGAACCACUAGGACGCAGCCAAUCAAAAAGUUACCAUAAUGGUGGGCAUGAACAAGGUGGGCAUGGCAAUCAAGGCUAUGGACAACAUGGAAGUGGUCAGCAACAUGGGCAACAUGGACAACAUGGACAACAAGGCUUUGGUCAGCAACAUGGACAACAAGGCUAUGGUCAGCAGUAUGGACAACAAGGCCAUGGUCAGGAACAAGGACAACAUGGACAACAAGGCUACAGUGAACAAUAUGGACAACAAGGCUAUAAUGAAGAACAUUCACAAUAUGGAAGUCAUGGAAGUCAUGGAAGUCAUGGAAGUCAUGGAAGUGGUCAACAACAAGGACAACAAGGACAACUAGGACAACAAGGCUAUGGUCAGCAGAGCGGCGGCGGAUACCGUGAACGUAACUAAUUUCCUAGGCUUAUUCAGUGUAAAUUGUUUUAACUUAUUUUGUAUAAUAUAUAUAUAUAUACUUUUUUUAUGUUAAAUUAAUUUAAAUUAAGACACGCUUUAACUAUUAAAGAUAAUUAAGUUGUA